AUGAAUAGUGACGAAACAUUACCGACAAUGCUCGAUGCAGUAAUUGUUGGUGCCGGUUUCGCAGGUCUUUACAUGUUAUAUCGUUUACGUGAGCAAGGUUUUUCAGCAAGGAUUCUUGAGGCUGGUGAUGGUAUCGGCGGUACAUGGUAUUGGAAUCGUUACCCAGGCGCACGAU